UCCAGUUUUCGACUGGAACGCCCAGUUGAAAAGGGACCCUGGUGACUCCAGGUGGCACUGCCGACCAGGCCAUUAGAAGUCCAGUCGGUGGUGCAGCAGGGACCUGGGGCUAAGGCAGGCUCCCUGCCUGCUCGAGCUCCGCACAGUUCCCGGAAGUGGCUGCCAGGUCCUUGCAACUCCAUGGCGCUUGGGCGGCCAGGGAGGCUCCGUGCACUGCCCCCACCCCAAGUGCUGGCUCCGCAGCUCCCAUUGGCCGGGAUCCAGGAACUGCGGGCAUGAGGGCAGCGUGUGGCACCUCCCUGGCUGCCCGUGCGUCUAGCGGUUGCAGGGACUCGGCGGCCACUUCCUGGGAGCCGCGUGUUCCCCUGCAGGCUGUAAUAAUGAUCUCUGUGCUAUUUCCGCUGCUCUUUGGAUAUGUCCUGCCAGACUGCCCCCAGAAGUGUUUAUGUACCCCUUCUCUAAUGGAUUGCCGCCGUGCCAAUUUAUAUGAAGUUCCACAUGAUAUCGCUCAGAAAACAGAAACAUUGAUCUUGAACGACAACCAUUUAACCCUCAUUUCUCCAGGAGUGUUUCAGCACCUUCUCAAUCUCACAUUCCUUGGUUUAGCCAACAACAAGCUGUCACUUCAGAAUGACUCGUUUGACAAUAUCGGCAAGAGCGUCCUCUCUCUGGAUCUCUCUGGGAACAAUUUCACAGACUUGCCAUCAAACUUGUUCAGGAACACAAAGAAACUGGUUUGGUUAAACUUAGCUGAAAACAGAUUGGGUCUUCUGGACAGUACAAUUUUCAGCUCCUUAGAAAAACUCACCUAUCUCGACCUCUCUAAUAACAGGCUGAAGAUGCUUGCACCCAUGUUUGUGGGGCUUUCCCAGCUUGAUACCUUAAUGCUGGCCGGUAACCAUCUCUCCACCAUACCACAAGGAGUUUUUGAUCCCAUUCCUAACCUUAAGAUCCUUGUUUUGUCCCACAAUGAAAUAAGCCAUUUGCCUGAGGGUUUGUUUGACAACCUGAAGAGUCUUAAUGACUUGCUGCUAGAUUAUAAUAAUUUUACUGAGAUAUCACAUGCUAUAUUCACAACCCUCCACAAUCUAGAACAUUUUUCAAUUUCUAAAAACAGAAUUCAAAAUAUUCCACCUCUCUUGUUUGCUGGCAGGUUUACCUUAAGGAAACUUGACUUGUCUAGUAAUUUACUCUCAGAGCUGCCUUCAGACUUCCCUUCAGGGUUGGAGCAGCUGGAAGUUCUUAAUUUAUCUGCAAAUUGUAUUGGUAAUGUUCCCAAAAAUCUAUUCAUAAAUAAUACUAAGCUAGAGUUUCUGCAUUUGGACAAAACUUGUCUCCAGACUCCACCCAUUUUUUCAGGCCUUCAAAAUCUGAUUGAAUUAACUGUAUGCUGUAAUGGCAUAAAAAUCUUACCAAAAACAUUCACUGACAAUAUGGCUAAUUUGGAACUAUUGGAUCUCUCCCUGAACAAUAUAAGAGAAAUAGAGGAUGAUGCAUUUAAGAUGAAUCAUAAUAUCACAAAAGUAAUUUUGACUGGGAAUCCAAUUUGCACAACUGAACAAUUUAUGCAUUACUCUUUUAAAGGACUAGACUGUAGCAGUAAAAAUUAAAGGAUUGUAAGAACUGUACUUCUGCUACCUUCAAUAAAUAUCUAACAUACAUAUUGCAAAAA